AUGCUCACCCCAGAACAGAAAGCUGAUCUGAAAGCCAAGGUCUCAAAGCUCAAUAGCGCAGAUUUGGAGGCCUUGAAUAAACUAAAAGAAAAAAGCGGUAUAACCUUAUCACCAAAAUUCCAGGAAGCAUUAUCUAAGAUGAAAGCAGCAAAAUCCGGAAAAAUGUCUUCAUCAGAUAAAACCGCUGUAAAGUCCGUGAGUAAAAGAGAAGUUAAAGACUCCGUACAUUCGCCAGAAUUCGAAGCCUUAUUAAUGAAGCUAAAAAGCGUAAAUGCAUCCAAUGCGGCGGCUAUUCAGAAAAAAAUAGCCAUGCUCACCCCAGAACAGAAAGCAGAUCUGAAAGCAAAAGUCUCAAAACUCAAUAGCGCAGAUAUGAAAGCCUUGAAUGAAUUAAAAGAAAAAAGUGGCAUAACCUUAUCACCGAAAUACCAGGAAGAAUUAUCUAAGAUGAGAGCAGCAAAAUCAAUGCCUUCAUCAGAUAAAACCAUGAAGUCAAUGGGUAAACGAGAAGUUGAUGAUUCCGCACAUUCUCCCGAAUUCAAAGCUUUAUUAAUGAAACUGAAAAGCGUAAAUGCAUCAAAUGCGGCGGCUAUUCAGAAAAAAAUAGCCAUGCUCACCCCAGAACAGAAAGCUGAUCUAAAAGCAAAGGUCUCAAAACUCAAUAAGGCAGAUUUAGAGGCCUUGAAUAAACUAAAAGAAAAAAGUGGCAUAACCUUAUCACCGAAAUACCAAGAAGCAUUAGAUAAAAUGAAAGCAGCAAAAUCCGGGAAGAUGUCUCCACCAGAUGAAACCGCUGCAAAGUCUAAAGGUAAAAGAGAGACUAAAGAUAUCGUACAAUCACCAGAAUUCACAGCUUUAUUAAAGAAAUUGAAAAGCUUACAAUUAUCGGAUGCGGCAGCUAUUCAGGAAAAAAUUGGCAUGCUUACCCCAGAACAGAAAGCUGAUCUGAAACAAAAGGUCUCAAAACUCAGUAGCGCAGAUAUGGAAGCCUUGAAUAAACUAAAAGAAGAAAGCGGCAUAACCUUACCACCGAAAUUCCAGGAAGAAUUAUCUAAGAUGAAAGCAGCAAAAGCCGGCAAAAUGUCCCCAUCCGUAGAUGAAACCAAAAUGACGAAAAGUAAAAAGACUAAACGAGCCAAAAAGGUGUCAGAUGAUGACGACGAUGCGACUACGGAUAAAAGCACCAAAAACGUUUCUCUCAGUCCUGGAUAUCUUUUGGAUCUAAUCAACAAGAUAAACACCUUGAAACAAAUAGCCACGUCACUACAAGCUUUAACGGGAUAA